AUGGGCGCGCUCCGGGCCGGCGCCCUCGCCUUCCUCCUCCUCCUCCUCGGCUGCCUCCUGCCCCGGCGCGGCCCGCUCAGGCUGGUCUCAGGGCGGGAGGAGAUUAAAGCUGCUUCCCGAAGCUCACCCCAGCCUAUGUCACCCUCCGAUUUCCUGGACAAACUUAUGGGACGAACGUCAGGGUAUGAUGCCCGGAUUCGACCCAACUUCAAAGGUCCUCCCGUCAACGUGACGUGCAACAUCUUCAUCAACAGCUUUGGCUCUGUCACCGAGACCACCAUGGACUACCGGGUGAACGUCUUCCUGCGGCAGCAGUGGAACGACCCCCGCCUGGCUUACGGCGAGUACCCCGACGACUCCCUCGACCUUGACCCCUCCAUGCUCGACUCCAUCUGGAAGCCAGACUUGUUCUUUGCCAAUGAGAAAGGGGCCAAUUUCCACGAGGUCACCACCGACAACAAGCUACUGCGCAUCUUCAAGAACGGCAACGUGCUCUACAGCAUUAGGCUGACGCUGAUCCUGUCCUGCCCCAUGGACCUCAAAAACUUCCCUAUGGACAUCCAGACAUGCACCAUGCAGCUGGAGAGCUUUGGCUACACCAUGAACGACCUCAUCUUCGAGUGGCUGGAGGAGCAGGAGGCUGUGCAGGUGGCAGAGGGCUUGACGCUUCCGCAGUUCAUCCUCAGGGAUGAGAAGGACCUCGGCUACUGCACCAAGUACUACAACACAGGCAAGUUCACCUGCAUCGAGGUGAAGUUCCACCUGGAGAGGCAGAUGGGUUACUACCUGAUCCAGAUGUACAUCCCCAGCCUGCUCAUCGUCAUCCUCUCCUGGGUCUCAUUCUGGAUCAACAUGGACGCGGCGCCAGCCCGGGUGGGCUUGGGCAUCACCACUGUGCUCACCAUGACCACGCAAAGCGCCGGCUCCCGUGCCUCCCUGCCCAAGGUCUCCUAUGUGAAGGCCAUCGACAUCUGGAUGGCUGUGUGCCUGCUUUUCGUCUUUGCCGCCUUGUUGGAGUACGCAGCCGUCAACUUUGUCUCCCGCCAGCACAAGGAGUUCAUGCGCCUGCGCCGGCGCCAGCGGCGGCAGAGGAUGGGCCUGAGCAGCGGGACGGCCAGCCUGGAGUCCCUGCAGCAGCUGAGCAGCCGGCACAGCGGCGAGCACACCUACGCGACGCUCUCGCAGCUCUCCAGCUCCCGGGAGGAAGAGCUUGUCCGCGAGAGCCGCUUCUACUUGCGAGGCUAUGGGCUGGGCCGCUGCCUGCAGCCAAAGGACGGGGCUGGGGAGGGCCCCGGCAUCUAGCCCCCCCCAGCCAGCAUGCUGCUGCAGGAAGGGGAGAGCCUCCGCAGGCGCUACAUUGACCGGGCCAAGCGCAUCGACACCAUCUCCCGAGCCGUCUUCCCCUUCACCUUCCUGGUCUUCAAUAUCUUCUACUGGGUCAUCUACAAAGUGCUGCGCUCAGAGGACAUCCACUCAGUGCCCUGA